AUGGAAAUCAAACAUUCAGAGUCUACAGAAUUAAAGAAAAUUAUAAAGAUGAAUAAAUCUAUAAACGAUAAAAAUAGUCUGGAAAUCGUAUCAGAAAAAUCUUUAAACGAUUCUAUAAACGAUCACUCCAAGACUCCUGAAAAUGACAAGGAAACAUAUUUACAAAACCGCGGUGUUACUAAGAUCGAAAGAGUCAGAUUGUAUGUGAGUGAAAACAGAAGAGGGAAAGUCUUAGCUUAUGCUUUUGGAUUUUCCAUUUUGUCUUUAUUGUCUACACUUGAAAUUGCAACAUCCAUUAUCUCUGCAGUGUGCAAACCAAUAUUGGGGAAAUUUUCGGAUGUUACAUCUCGACCCUUGACUUAUGCGUUCGUUUUAAUGCUAUAUGCAAUAGGAUUCACCGUCGUUGCUUCCAGUUCUACCAUCUCUGCAUAUGUUAUUGGCUCCGUCUUCAUCGCCGUCGGUAGUUCAGGGCUGGAUUUUUUAAACAGUGUCAUAGUUGGCGACUUAACGCCAUUGAAAUGGAGAGGAUUUGCGAACGGAGUUCUGUCUACUCCGUAUAUAUUUACUGUUUGGUUUUCCGGGCUAAUUGUCCAGGGAAUUUUAGAUCAUAACUGGAGAUGGGGAUAUGGAAUGUUUGCUAUCAUAAUGCCUGUGGUGCUCGUUCCAGCAAUUCUAAUUUUGGUUUAUCUUGAAAGUUCUGCAAAAAAAAGCUUUAAAAGAUCAUCGAAGAAAAAAGUACAAACUUUAAAAGUAUCCACAAAAUCUACUAAAAUCAAAAACAUCUACCAAGCUAUUCUCGAAGUCGAUGCUUUUGGCUUAAUACUGCUUGGUUUUGGCUGGUCUCUACUUUUGUUACCUUUUUCACUAGUUAAUUAUGCUAAAGAUGGAUGGAGGAAUCCAAGUAUGAUUGCAAUGAUGGUAGUUGGUGGGGUUAUUUUGAUUAUUUAUGCGUUGUACGAAUUGUACUUGGCUCCUUAUCCUUCAUGUCCUCGCCGUAUUUUGUUUAACAAAACAUUCAUGAUGGCAAUUAUAAUUGACUUUUUUUAUUACUUUGCCGGUUACAUCCAAUCUUUGUACCAGACGUCCUACACUUACAUUAUUAAAGACUGGUCUUAUCGCAAUUGGUCUUACUUUUCCAAUAUAAUGACGGUUUCAUUGUGUUUUUUUGGUUUAUUUGCUGGUGUCAUUCAGAGGAUAACACACCGCUACAAGUAUUUGCAAAUUAUCGGUUUAGCUAUCAAAAUUGUCGGCUAUGGAAUUUUGAUAAGAUCUGGAGUUGGAACAACCAAUACAGUAGCCUUGGCAUUCUCUGAGGUUUUAAUCGGUAUGGGUGGCUCUUUCAGCGUUGUGGGAUCCAGCGUUUCUGCUCAAGCUAGUGUUCCUCAUGAAGAUUUAGCUACUGUAACUUCUAUGCUUAGUUUAUGGACGCAAAUCGGCGGUGCCAUUGGAUCUGCAAUUGCUGCCCCCAUUUAUUCCAAGAAAGUAAGUAAGUAUUUACGAGAAUUCAUGCCUUCUAAUGUUACGGAUGCCACAAUCACGUCGCUUUACAGCAACACAAAUCUCAUACGCAAAUAUCCCAUGGAUUCUGAUAUCCGUAAAGCCGCUGUGAAAGCUUAUUCCAAGUCUAUGUUCUACCUAUAUGCACCAAGCAUAGGAAUAUCCUUUAUACCUUUAAUUGCAGCAUUUUUUCAAACUAAUUAUUUUCUUGGGGACCAGCAAAACGCUUUUGAAGAAGAAAUUAAGGAAAAAAAAAAGGAUUAUAGUAAUGAACAGGAAUUGAUCUGA